AUGUCGUCAAAUCUGCAGUCGUCUGGCCGCGGCGGCGCCGGCAACUACGUCGACAAGGACAUCGCCCAGCCCCUCGAGAGACAGGACCUCGACACGCCGACGCUCAAGACGGCCGUGGUGACGACUGGCCGUGGUGGUACGGGCAACAUGGCCAAGAACACCGACCCCGUCGAGACUCGCGCGCGCCAGGACGUUGAGCCCGUCCAACGUACCGCCCAGCCUUUCUCCCACGUCGGCCGCGGCGGCACCGGCAACGUCUUCACUGCCGACGCCAACGGCAGCGACGCCAGCCUAGCCAAGAAGGAGCAGGAGAUCUCGGGCUCGAGCUCGCCGACCCCCGACAGCGCCUCGCGGCCCGAGCCGCGCGACAUUGGCUGGGCCGAGAAGGGCAAGAACUUCCUCUUUGGCCUUGGCAGGAAAUAG